CCAAUCUGGCAUCUCAUGGAGGGACGCUUCAUCCCAGCUCAAAUUCCCGUGGACACUGAGAGCAGCAUCAUUGAGCAGACUGGACCGACAGAGAGAAGAUCUCAAUGUAUAGCUGAUAAAACUGAGAAAGUGACCAUGUGGAAGAAAGCAGCGGUGUUUUUGCUCCAACUUUCUGUCAUGUCCCACCAUGUGAGCGCGCUGCAGAGAGGAGAGCUUUUCCCCUAUGGGCCUCACAAUGGGGACUUGAUUCUGCAGGAAGGAGACGAUGAAACAUCCCAAGUGAUCACACUGACCAAACCCAUGCGCUUCUACGACACCUCCUUCAGCAAAUUAUAUGUCGCCACCAAUGGCAUCAUCUCACCUCAUGACCUUCCUAUGGAGAAGCAGUACGUUGAUGAUGGCUUUCCCACCGAAUUCCCAGUUAUCGCUCCCUUCCUCGCUGACAUAGACACCAGUAACGGAAAAGGAGCCAUUUACUACCGGCAAACUGAAUCUCCUGCUGUCUUGAAUCGAGUAGCUGCUGAGGUCCAGAAAGGGUUCCCAGGAAGUCAGUUUACACCAACUCAUGCCGUCAUUGCCACAUGGGAAAACGUAGCUGCUUACAAAGAGGACACACGCACUGCUGAUUCAUCCAGACAGGUUAACACAUUCCAAGCGGUGGUGGCUUAUGACGAGGAGAACACCUACGCUCUGUUCCUCUACCCAGAAGAUGGACUUCAGUUCUUUGGAACUCGUCCCAAAGAGAUGUUCAAUGUGGCGAUCGAGCUUCCUGCGCGUGUCGGCUUCACCAGGGGAGAAAUCUCGUAUCUGUUAUUCGCACGAACCGAGGGGCCUUACUAUAGCCUCACCACCAAUGAGCAGUCUAUCAAGAACUUGUACCAGACGAGCAACACCGACGUGCCUGGAGUUUGGCUCUUCCACAUCGGAAACGCACACUAUUUCCGCAACGUGAUUCCAGCAGCAGUUUCAGGCCUUUUACCCGCCGCAGUCGCUCAGAAGCAAUCGUUCCAAACCACCCCCGCUUACCCUCUAGGAGAAUACGAGACAGACGACGAAUCUUUCGAGGACGAACAAGAAUACAGAUUCGAUCGAGAUUUCCCGAACACAGACGUCACAGAAUUCCCUCAGCCAGGCCACGAUGUUUCUCGGACGAGUGGUCAGAACCAGGAAGCUGACUCAAAUCCGUCCCCGCUUGACCUCUACGAAGCGGAAGCCACUCUGAGCCCUGACCUUCAGACAGAACACACUGCUCCUACAAAUGUUCCUCCAGAGGAUUCUGUGCAUCCGGCACCAGGGCACACUCUUCUGGAGGCGUAUCCCAUCCACCCUGAGGGUGAAGUGGUUAAUGUGGAAGAAGAUGUGAACUUUGACACUGGAGUGUUUCACUAUUCCACUGAAAACAAGGAGACGUGUGAUCGAUUCCAGCAAACCUGUAGCCAGAACGCUUACUGCGCCGAUUACCCAUCAGGCUACUGCUGCCACUGCCUUGCCGGUUUCUAUGGAAAUGGACGUCAUUGCCUUCCUGACGGUGCUCCUCAACGCGUGAAUGGAAAGGUCAUCGGGAUAGUCUCAGUAGGUUCGACCCCAGUGGGAUUGGACAGCAUCGAUCUCCAUGUUUACAUCGUAGUGGGUGACGGUCGAGCGUACACUGCCAUCAGUGAAGUCCCAGAGCCUUUGGGGUGGGCACUAAUGCCUAUCACGCCCAUCGGCGGCCUUUUCGGGUGGCUCUUUGCUCUCAAGCUUCCCAACAGCCAUAAUGGCUUCAACGUUACUGGUGCUGAGUUUACACGCCACGCCGAUGUGACAUUUUCCCCCGGCAACCAGCGGCUCACCAUCGUUCAGACCGGCAGAGGAUUGGACAGCCAGAACUACCUAAACGUUGAAACUCGUCUGGAGGGCAGCGUGCCGUUCGUACCCCCCGGUGCCAGCAUACAGAUGGAGCCUUUUUCAGAGACGUACCAGUAUUACCCAUCAUUGAUCACAUCCAACUCGGUACGGGAGUUUACCAUCGUGUCAGCAUCGAGCGGAGCGGAAAAAUUCACCUACCAGCUGAGACAGAACAUCACGUACAGGGACUGCAGGCACACGCAGCAUGCCGGAGCUGAGACGCUGCAGCUCAAUGUCGAGCGCGUCUUUGCUAUGUACGUCAAAGAAGAGCGCGUUCUCAGAUACGCCAUCACCAACAAGAUCGGCCACGUUGGAGGUUACGUCCCGGACCCUGUGAAGGUGAACCCCUGCUACUUAGGAAGCCAUGAUUGUGACACCACAGCACAGUGUGUCCCAGGAGAAGGACAACACUUUACCUGUGUGUGUGCUACUGGAUACACCGGAGAUGGACGCAAUUGCUAUGAUGUGGAUGAGUGUACAGAAGGUCUGAGCUCCUGUGGGAGACAUGCUGAGUGUGUGAACCUGCCUGGAAGUCACAGAUGCCAGUGCCAGAGUGGUUUUGAAUACGGACAUGACAGUCGCACCUGUAUAGAUGUUGAUGAGUGCCAAAGACAUCCGUGCCACCCUCAUGCUUCCUGCACCAACGUCGUGGGCUCCUUCCAUUGCCAAUGCCAGCCUGGAUUCCACGGGGAUGGCUUCCAGUGUCACCGUCAGCAGAUUGAUGAAGAGCGUCCCAAGACGCAGUGUGAGCACCACAGAGACAGCGCACAGAGUGGAGUGGACAGCGUUCCUGUGUGGGGAGCGUAUGUCCCUCAGUGUGACGAGCAGGGUCACUACAGGUCUCAACAGUGCCAUGGCUCUACAGGUUACUGCUGGUGUGUGGACAGUAGAGGGCAGGAGAGAGCAGGAACCCGCACCCCACCUGGUACACCAGCUCACAACUGUGACACUCCAGUUGAUGAAGUGCAUCCCAAGACUCGGUGUGAGCACCACAGAGACAGUGCAGAAAGAGGAGUGGAUGGUGUACCUAUGCUGGGAGCGUACGUCCCACAGUGUGACGAGAAGGGUCACUACAGGUCUCAACAGUGCCAUGACUCUACAGGAUACUGCUGGUGUGUGGACAGUGAGGGGCGGGAGAGAGCAGGAACCCAGACCCCACCUGGGUCCCCGCUUACCAAUUGUGAUGCUCCAGAGCGUCUUAAGACUCAGUGUGAACAGCACAGACACGACAUCCAGGGAAGACCUGGUGGUUCGCCACUGGCAGGAGAGUUUAUUCCUGACUGUGAUGAAGAAGGGAACUACAGGCCUCGGCAAUGCGACGGUUCUACAGGACACUGCUGGUGUGUGGACAGUAAGGGGCAAGAAAGAGCAGAUACUCGUACCCUACCUGGUACACCACCAAUCAACUGUGAUACUCCAGGACGUCCCAAGACUCAGUGCGAGCAGCACAGACACAGCGCACAGCAUGGAGCAGACAGUGCGUUGGGAGCCUACAUCCCUGAGUGUGAUGAGGAAGGUCGCUACAGGUCCUUACAGUGCCAUGGCUCUACAGGACACUGCUGGUGUGUGGACAAUAGGGGACAGGAAAGAGUGGGCACUCGCACACCACCUGGUACCCAACCUACCGACUGUGACGCUCCAGAACGUCCUAAGACUCAGUGUGAGCAGCACAGAGACAGCAUACAUGGCAGAGGCGAUGGUUUACCUUUGGUGGGAGCCUUCGUCCCUCAGUGUGAUGAGGAGGGGCGUUACAAGUCAGAACAGUGCCACGGCUCUACAGGACACUGCUGGUGUGUGGACAGUACGGGGCGGGAGAGAGCGGGCACCCGCACGCCGCCUGGUACACCGAAUGUCGACUGUGACGCUCCAGAACGUCCUAAGACUCAGUGUGAGCAGCACAGAGACAGCAUACAUGGCAGAGGCGAUGGUUUACCUUUGGUGGGAGCCUUCGUCCCUCAGUGUGAUGAGGAGGGGCGUUACAAGUCAGAACAGUGCCACGGCUCUACAGGACACUGCUGGUGUGUGGACAGUACGGGGCGGGAGAGAGCGGGCACCCGCACGCCGCCUGGUACACCGAAUGUCGACUGUGACGCUCCAGUUCAUCCUGAACGUCCUAAUACUCAUUGUGAACAGCACAGAGAAGCUGAAAAGUCUCGAGUGAAUCGUUUGGAUAUCGUGGGUGCCUACAUCCCUCAAUGUGACCAGGAGGGUCACUAUAGACCUCAGCAGUGCCAUGGUUCUACAGGACACUGCUGGUGUGUGGACAGUAAGGGGCAAGAGAGAGCAGGAACCCGUACCCCGCCUGGUACACCACCAAUCAACUGUGAUACUCCAGGACGUCCCAAGACUCAGUGCGAGCAGCACAGACACAGCGCACAGCAUGGAGCAGACAGUGCGUUGGGAGCCUACAUCCCUGAGUGUGAUGAGGAAGGUCGCUACAGGUCCUUACAGUGCCAUGGCUCUACAGGACACUGCUGGUGUGUGGACAAUAGGGGACAGGAAAGAGUGGGCACUCGCACACCACCUGGUACCCAACCUACCGACUGUGACGCUCCAGAACGUCCUAAGACUCAGUGUGAGCAGCACAGAGACAGCAUACAUGGCAGAGGCGAUGGUUUACCUUUGGUGGGAGCCUUCGUCCCUCAGUGUGAUGAGGAGGGGCGUUACAAGUCAGAACAGUGCCACGGCUCUACAGGACACUGCUGGUGUGUGGACAGUACGGGGCGGGAGAGAGCGGGCACCCGCACGCCGCCUGGUACACCGAAUGUCGACUGUGACGCUCCAGAACGUCCUAAGACUCAGUGUGAGCAGCACAGAGACAGCAUACAUGGCAGAGGCGAUGGUUUACCUUUGGUGGGAGCCUUCGUCCCUCAGUGUGAUGAGGAGGGGCGUUACAAGUCAGAACAGUGCCACGGCUCUACAGGACACUGCUGGUGUGUGGACAGUACGGGGCGGGAGAGAGCGGGCACCCGCACGCCGCCUGGUACACCGAAUGUCGACUGUGACGCUCCAGCGCGUCCUAAGACUCUGUGUGAACAGCACAGAGACAGGGCACAGAGCCGAGCACACGGGUCACCUGGGGUGGGAGCCUUCAUUCCUCAAUGUGACCAGGAGGGACACUACAUGCCUUUACAGUGCCAUGGCUCUACAGGACACUGCUGGUGUGUGGACAGUAGGGGGCAGGAGAGAUCGGGCACCCGUACGCCACCUGGCUCCCCACAGAGGAACUGUGACGCUCCAGUGGAGGUGGUCCCUACACAGCGUUCGGAGACUGUGUGUGAGCGCUGGCGAGCCAGUCUGAUACAGCAGUAUGGAGGUCGUCCGGGUCCAGAGCAUUUUCUUCCCCAGUGUGACGCGUCAGGCGAGUUCACCCCAGUGCAGUGUUACGGCGAUACCAAUUACUGCUGGUGUGUGGACAGAGAUGGCCGAGAAGUUCCCGGGACCCGCUCACACGACAAAGUCAAACCUGCCUGUAUUCCAACUGUUCCCCCGCCCACCGUGCGUCCAUUGCCCCGCCCAGACGUGACUCCUCCCCCAUCAGGCACUACUUUGCUCUAUGCUCAAGGCCAGCAGAUUGGAGCGCUUCCUCUCAACGGUACACGUAUGGACAAGGAGAGAUCCUCAGUGCUUCUUGCUCUGCAUGGCUCCAUAGUGGUCGGGAUUGACUACGACUGCAGAGAACGCAAGGUUUAUUGGACCGAUCUUGCUGGAAGAACGAUCAGCAGAGCCGCUCUGGAGCCUGGAUCAGAGCCUGAGAUCCUCAUUAGUUCUGGCCUGAUGAGCCCAGAGGGUUUAGCAGUGGAUGAGGUACGCAGGAGGAUGUUCUGGGUGGACAGCACGCCAGAUAAAAUUGAGACGGCCAAACUGGACGGAAGCGACCGGCGUGUUCUGUUCAGCUCGGAUUUGGUUAACCCGAGAGCCAUCGUAGUGGACUCGCUCUCAGGAACUCUGUACUGGACCGACUGGAACCGGGAAGCCCCGAAAAUCGAGACCUCCACCGUGGAAGGGCAGAACAGAAGGAUACUAGUACGGGAUGGGAUCGGGCUUCCAAAUGCUUUAACGAUUGACCCCACAACACGCCGUAUCUGCUGGGCUGAUGCAGGAACCAAGCGUUUGGAGUGUAUCGCGCCCGACGGGACGGGACGACGCGUGAUUCACAGCGAACUGAAUUAUCCGUUCAGCAUGGUGUUGUACGCCAAUCACUUCUACUACACAGACUGGAGGAGGGAUGGAGUCAUCGGUUUAAGUCGAGACUCGAGUCAUUUUACAGAUGAGUAUCUGCCGGAUCAGCGUUCACAUCUGUAUGGCAUCACUGUCGCCCCUUCCAGCUGUUUAUAGGGGAGGACGUAAUAACAGAGUCACUGUUAAAUGGUGCUAUUUUUCUGGGAUUUUUUUUUUUUUUUUUUCACACGUUGGGAAACGCACGCCUCGCUCAGCCGUUACCAAAGCCACUGCGUCUUUAAUACCCCACCCCCCCACACACACAAAAGUCACACUUCUCCUUGUUUAGAUUUGUACAUUUGUUUAAUACCUCAUUUCUUUCUACUGUAUUUUUGUGUUUUUUUAUUUUUAAAUAAUAAAAAAAAUGCCAAAGAGGUCAAAUUAUAGUCAAUUUUUUGUGCAAAAUGUUCUUGUGUAUAAAUAUAUUUAUACACGUGUGCAUCGUCGGAGCCCUCGGCGCACUAACAAGGAGCCGACGCACGGAACUGCGCUGAACAUCGCCGACAUUUUCUUUUACUAAAGUUCCUUUUUAUAUCCUUUUUUUUAAAUCUUUUGUAAAAUGUGUGUAUUUAUAACAAUAAAAGGUGCUUCACAAUA